AAUUAAAAUAAAAGAAACCAAAGGUAGAUACUUUAUUAAUAUCGCGUAUUUUUUCUUAUCUAACUGUUAGCUUGAUAAUUUUGACAAAAUGGAGGAAAAUAUAUCUUAUCAACAAGGAAAUAAAUUUACUCCAAAAGAACUUAAAGAUUGCCCAGAAUGCGGUAAACCUCGAAUUUCUUUUGGAUGGUGUUUGGAAUGCGAAACUAAUGCCAUGAAAGAAAACUUUCCAUAUUGGACAUCAAAGAAUAAAGAGAUUGAUGAAUUAAUCCGAUACACUCAACUAAACGCCACUCAAGCUUGUGAUUACUUGGAAUGGAUCCCCUUUGAGAAAUUCGAAAUGGUUAAAUACGUCGGUAAAGGUGGAUUUAGUAGCGUUUAUUCAGCACUUUGGAUGGAAGGACCUAGAUGGAUCUGGGAUGAUGGGGCACAAGAAUGGACUCGAGCUGGGCCAAUGAAUGUUGCUUUGAAACGUCUCGAUAAUUCACAAAACAUUUCAAGUUCUUACAUUAAUCAGAUUAAAGCAUAUCACAAAUGUCUACAAUCUGCUUCAUUAGCUGGAACGUUUGGUAUUACAAAAGAUCCAACAUCAAGUUAUAUGAUCGUAAUGAAGUAUUACGAAAACGGAAAUCUUUAUCAAUAUCUUGACCAUUGCAACGGAAUUAUUUCCUGGAGAGAUAUGAUUGAUAUGUUAUGGGGAAUCGCUGGAGGUCUUGAAAGAAUUCAUUCCGAAAGAAAAAUCCAUGGGAAUCUUCACGGAGGAAAUUUACUUAUCGAAGAUGAAAAAGUAUCUACAGAUGCUCGUAUUAGCGAUGUUGGACUAUAUGGACCAUGUAAUAAUGAUGAAAGUAGAAGUCAAAUAUAUGGGGUCUUACCAUAUGUUGCACCGGAAGUUUUACGUGGUGAAAAUCACAAUACUGCUUCUGAUAUAUAUUCAUUUGGUAUUGUCAUGAAUACUCUUGCAACUGGAAAAAGACCUUGGUAUAAUAGAGCACAUGAUAUUAAUUUGGCGAGGGAUAUUUGCGAUGGUAAAAGACUUGAAAUCCCUGAUGACACGCCCAAAUUUUAUGCAGAAUUAAUGCAACAAUGUUGGGAUGGUGAUCCGGAAAAACGUCCAACUGCAUCCUAUUUAAAUGAAAAAUUAGGAGAAUGGAUUAUUUUAAUUUGUGAUGAUCCAAAUCCUUCAAAGAUUUCGGACGAGAAUUCUAUUGCGGAGGAAAAGAGAUGGAAGAUGAUUUCCAAACUGAAUAAUAGAUUAACUCAUCCAGAAGUACAUCCCGAAGCGUAUUAUACAAGCAGACCUUUGUAUUUUCCUGAAUUAUCAAAUAUGAAAUGUUAUUCUAAUUAUCGUGAAAUCAGAUAAUAUUUCAUUCAUAUACAUGUUUUUUUUAUAUAAUCGAUUAUUUUAUAGUUAUAAUCAUUCAUUUAUAUAGUUAAAUAAAUACAAUAUUUU